AUGUACCGCAUCAACCAUGGCCGUCAGAAUCAAGGUGUUAGAGACAAAAGAUCCCCUGAAGCUGUUUUGGACAAAGACUCCCGCAAGUGUGGCACCGGAAUACGAGAAAAAACACAGAGAAGACCACCAGAUGCGUCAGAAAUUUAAUCCAAUUUCAUACGACGUAACAAUAAGGGCACAUGGAUACAUGAAGCUGCGUAGGUUUCUACAACAUCAGAGCGGCUGCGAUUGUUGUCAACGCAAAGGUGGCAGCGACCGCGGCUGUUCCGAGGGUUGCAGAGGGCGCCGCCCCGGGAACUCCGGGUGCCGAACCAGAAGGUCCGGGGGUGGAGGACGUUGGAGGGCUAGCAACAGUUGUGGGCGGUGUUGGUGCUCCGGAGGAGGUCGGGGAUGGCGGGGUGGCCGAAGGGGUGGAGGCCGCCGCUACUGUGAGAGUCAUCUUCUGGCCUGCACUACAGUGACCAUUGACGCCGCAGAUGAAGUAUCUGGUGCCCGCUGCAGUGAGUUCCACGGUGGCCGGGCCGGUGGUGUACGUGGCGAUGGGGUUGGACGUAGUGCAGUCGUCGUAGUUCGCCCUCGUCACCUCGAGCACGUCGUGGGCACCGUUGUUGAAGUUGAAAACUGCAGAGGGGCAGGAUCAGGGAGUUUGAUUAGAGUGCUCUGGGGCGCACUAUUAGAGAUUGAGAUGAUGCUAAGAAGCUGAGAGGAAUGAAGGAACGGAGAGACUGAAGAUGCUGCCUACCGAGAGAAUCGCCGACAGCGAAUGUCUGCCUGCUGGCCCAGUCGGUGUAGUAGCUGGGACUGGAUGGGAUGCUCCAUAUCUGGUUGUCCCCUACCUCGAAUGUGGCCGCGAGCGCGCCCGUGGCGGCGUAAACCACGACGAGGAUGAAGAAGGGAAGUGCAGAGGACGAAGAUGAGGUCAUGCUUGUUGGUCGCUGUUGUCUGAGAAGAAAGACUUCUUCGUGUGUUCUGCAGGUCGCCCUUGCCCACAGCCCUCGCAGCCCCCUCCUUCCCCUGAGUCCACACAGACACAGGAUUGCGCAAAGCGGAGAGAAGAAGGGUAGAUGGGAGUUCGUGAGGGGGAGAUGAGGAAUAUAUGCGUGUGCGGGGCUGCUUUUAUAGUGGGAGCCAACGGCAGAGGGAGGCAUUCGGAGAAAAAUAAUAGAUCGAUCGAUUGAGGAGGGCUGACCGAGGAGGAGAGGGGGAACAGAAACAUCGUUGACCGGGAAUAGGAUGCUUCUUCGAUGCCAUGUUCUUCUAGAACCGCCGGAUUUGGGGGAAGUUUUCUUACGUUUUCCUAUACAGAUCGGGUCAAAUCUAAAAUAUACGCGCGGGAGACGCGUGAUGGAGUCCUCGUUCGGCUACGUCGCGCGUAACAAACACUCCAGGGCUGACCAGUUCCAAUAUCCGCCCGGUAAAAGCGACCGGACUCUAUCUCCAUCGUCUCUCACUUCUGUUCUCUACAUCGUCUCUCAUUCUUCUGUUCUCCCCACUUCUCGUGCAUGUGGAUUACCAGCUGCCUUCUGCGAGAAAACGCGGGAGGGAGUUGGUGAAGUGAGUGGACAAAGACGAUGACUGCUGACCUCGUGGCCCUGACCUCCGCCGGAUCGACGGCGUUGAAGCGCGGCCCGUCUGCUUCUCAAAGCGCCGGAGAGGGCUCCUCUUGAAGGCGGAGGGUUUCGCCACGGCCCACCCAGGCUGGCGGGUGGCCGUGCUCGCCUUCUCCGAGUGCGGGCUGAAGUACGUCGCUUCCUACGGCGGAGGGGAAGGGCCCCCCGCCGUCAUCAACUGGGUCUCGGGGAAGGCCGCGGACCGAACCGGGGCUUGCGGGCCGGAGGCUUCGUUGCCUCUGCCGCCGGUCAUCAGGCUCUAUUCCACUUCCCCGACCGUCUUUCUCCCCUUCUCCGUCGUCUCCACGCGCGGCGAUCGCUGGCGGGAAGACUUCGGAUCUCCCAGGCGCCACUGCCGAUCGUGCGGAGCCGGACUUCUUCUCCGUAUUUCAGGAGCGCGAAGCGCUGAACGAGAGAAUGUCCGGGUAGCAUCUUCGCCUCCUCCGCGCAGCAGCAGGCGUCGCUGUGUUGUCCGCCUCGCUUUGAUCUUUCCUCUCCUUCCGCCGACAGCGCCGGUGCCCAGAGCGGCGUGACCGCCGAGUCGCCGUUUCUUGGGGACAUGGAGGAAGAUCCGGCCGGCGCCCCACUCCUCUGAUUGCAUGGAAUGGAAAAUGAACUCUCUGAUUCAGCUCCUCUCGAGCUCCUCUGUUGUGCAAACUCUCACGCAGUGGUGGUACAAAUUCGAGCCUUCAUGUCUGCCCAUCGAGGGUUCUGUUUCAGUGAUCUUUCCUGAAGAUCCCCAGAACCGUCUGCAGCAGCCAAGUAUCCUGCCCGUCGACCAUCCAGACACCGAAAUGUACUUCGAUGAGUUACCAAAGCGCCUGUGUUUGACCCAUCGACGCCACACACCCACUGUUCUUACCCAACGCCGGCAGAUGAACCCGUCUACAAAUCUUGUAAUAUAAUUCCAUUCUAUUUUAUUUUUUCUAAAAUGCGGGCCGAUGGGCUUUAGUCAGGACGUGUGUUUUUGCCUUUUUCUUGAAAUGAUUUCUCAAUUAGUGCAAAUUUUUAGCCUUAAAUGACUUCUCCUCGUGUUUGAGUUGUCUGUGAAGGGUGGAUCAGUUGUAAGACUCUCCAUCUUUUCUCUCGGCUGGAUAGAGACGAGUUGUCUGUCUUUGUGUUGGGAGUUUCCCUUGGAUCAAGUCCCUUCUCUGAAUUACGAAGUAGCCUAAUCUUGGCGAUUAAUAAAAAUCUCAGGUGAGUACACAAGAUCGGAAUGAGCUUCAACACGAUGCAUACUAGAUUGAUUUAGUUAAGUUAGAUUUAAUAUAUUUCGAGAUUUGAUUUUACUCCAUUGUUAGUGUUCAUAAAAAUCCCUUUUCUUCAAUCCUCUAGGUUGGGGCAUCAACCUAGGUUUCUUUCUUCAUUCUAUCUGUUAAUUCAUUAUCAUUCUCAUCUUUCAUCAUUAACUUAAUAGGUAUCUAAUACUUGAGUUCCUGUGGAGAACGAACUGGUAUCAUCCUAACUACAUAAGUUAGAAUCGAGAUCAGGAUUCCUGUACAUUUCUUACAUGAUCAGAUCCAUGAUUUAGGUAUAAAUGUCAGCUUUGUAAAAUCCAUCUGUCAAAUGGCACAUUUGCCAAGGACUUGAGAGCCUUAGAUGUUUAUUUUUAUUAAGUUCAUGAAAUUGUCUUUACUUUUUGAACUAACAAGUUUAAAGUUCUUUUAAGUUGAUCCGGAUAGAAAGAAAUUAAGAGAAGCUAUGGAGUGAGGUAGGAUAUCUUACCUUAUUUUCUUAAUAAUUUCGGAGUUAUAUCAUCAUAUAAUAUAUUGAUUCUGUCUGAAUAUCAUGGUUAGUUAAAGCAGUCAUCACAAUUUCUUUCUUGAAGAAAUUAUGAAUUUGAAUUGUGCUAACUCAAGGUUGAAUUUAUUUUUUGUGAAUUAAUUGUUCUCCUCUUCUAAGUAGAAAUGAAGAGAGAAAAAUCUGUCUACAGAAAUUUUGUUUCAACCUUGGUGUUAAAGUUAAGCAAUUCAAAAAAUUUCUUUAAAAUAAUAUAUUUUUUUACAUUAUUUCAUGCAAGGUCGAUAUACUCAAAAAGCUCCCAUAGUUACUGCUGAAUGUGAAUUAGAAGAAGAAUCGUGUAGUUCUACUAAAGUAGCUGAGAAUACAUUAGUCAUGCAUGAGAAUGAUCAAGGUAGAAUACAUCUUAAAGCUCAUACAGUUUGUCUACAAUAUAGCCCAUUGACCAAAGUGAAUGCACCUCUUAGAUAAGGAGUGAACUUUAGAGUAGUUCUGAAAGAUCUCAAGGCUAGGCAAAAUACCAAGAGGGGGGGUAAAUUGGUAUUUUAAAAAUCUCGGAUUUUCUUCCUAGAUAGUAGAUGUGUCAACACAUGAAUUAACACAGCUGUGCAUGAUUAUCUACGUACAUGAUUACUUUCUCUCUCUUCCAGUGGGUUCUCACUAUGAGACAAGAACUUUUUAUACUGAUUUGCCCCUCACUUGGCUACUUCUAAUCCCGGAGGAUCCUUCUCAUCAGUAUUUCACUAUUUUCCUCGGAAAUACACACUGAAAUUAAUGGGAUCAGCAACCCAAUACCUCAGAUUUGAUCUCCGCAGAGAUCCAGCCCCUUCUGGGCCAAACAGAACUUAUAGCACCUCGUGCCUCUGACCAAAAUCACUCUCCACUCACUACCCAGUUACCUUAGGGCCUGAUGGAGAGCCUCCUUGAAAGAUUCAAGCUUUAUCUUGAUCACCAAUCGUUGAUGAAGAAGGAUGAUGCAGUCUGCUCGUGGUUGAAGCUCAGCAGUAAUGAUUCUUGAUUGUGAGAGAGAUUACUCGUCAUAGAUCGAAGUGGAAUCAUUAUUGUUGAUCUCCCCAGCUUCCUUUACCAGGGCGUCGUCCUCCAACGGAUUUCCGCAUUUUGCUCAAGAGAUAAAAUUGGAAAGUCAGUUCAAAUACUUACCGUUUUCCGGAAUGCGCGGCAACGACCUUUGACUAUUGCGAAUUCAAUAUCUUUCUAUUCUCUGGUCCGUUCGAUUAUAAAUUUGAAUUGGAGAUUCAUCUCUCACAGAAGAACAACUUUCCUGUUGACUCUGUCUUCAGAUUAGAGCGUUAAGCUGGUCGUUUUCUCCACGUAAGCAAGCAGCUGGCGUGUCAUCGUCUAGAUUUCCGGUUCGAGACUCACAAGAGCUCAUUUGAUAUUUCGAAUCUUUUUCUUUUUCUUUUAAUUAUGCACGUGACUAAUAAAUAAUAGCUGCACUUAAAUGGUUAAAUAAUCAUGGAUAAAUGAACUAAAAACAUAACUGUCAUUUACCGAUUAAAUAUUUGUUUUCCAACAAAUAUUUAUCCAUAUAUAUGUGGCGCUUCACCUAUUCAUAAAUUCACUUAAUCUCAAGGUUAGCCCUAAUGUCACAAGAUAAAUAAUAAAUUUAUUUGCAUGAAAUCUGAGGCAUUUAUGAUAAUCUUGUAAACAAUAUCAAACAUGAAUUAUAUAUUUUCUCAUAUAAUUGUAAUAUUAAAACCUAUGCCCAAGGGCAUCAACAAGAUCAUCAUCUAGUGUAAAUGUUACCUCAUUUUCAUGGGAUGAGUCAUGAAGAACCUUAUAAGCACUUAGAAGAAAUUUCUCAAAGUUGUGUGAAAUCUCAAAUUAUCGUAAUGUGUCUAGUGAAGUGGUGAAGAUGAAUGUGUUUUCUUUUACUCUUAAGGACAAAGCUAAAGAUUGGUUUAGAGCUCUAGCUCAAGAGUUAAAUUCAUAGAGUGAAAUGGAAGUAGCUUUCUUAAUUUUUUUUUAUUAUAUUGAUAAAACUAAUGCCAUUGGAAAGGCAAUUAGAGAUUUUGUGUAGGGAGCUCAAGAAUCAUUUUUUGAAACAUGGGAAAGAAUGAAGGAGUAUAAUUGACAGUGCCCCUUCAUGGGAUUUAGAAUUGGUAACUUCUUUAGAUUUUUUAGGAAUGGCUGAAUGACAAAGACUGACAUGUGAUAGAUGCAGCCAGCAAAGGUGCUUUUAUGAAUAAGUAUGAUCAUGAAGCUUUUGACUUGAUUGAAAUGAUUGCAGAAAAUAGUGCACAUCACAUGGCUUUAAACCAAAAUGGACAAGGUCUUGGACCUAGAAGAUAUAUUUAUGACUCGAAAUCAUUUGAGAGAGUUUUACUUUUAGAUAAACUAGAUAAAUUAAUGGAAUGUGUCAAUAAUUUAAUGAAUGGUUCUACAAGUGAUAAUUUAAAUACUGAGCCAUCUCCUAUUGAAUUUGAAUUACCAAUUUGUGCACUUUGCUCUGGUCAUGAACAUGUAGAAUUGAACUUUCCUAGAUAUAAUCAAGCCAUGGCAAUGAAUGAUAGUUUCUGAAAAAAUAAAAAGUUCAAUCAGAAUACAUGGAGCAAUAAGGACCAUAAUAAUAAUGUUAUAAAGGAUGCAGGUAAUUCUUAUUAUUCUGCUCUAAACCAUCAAGAUUUCUCUUCACAUCCAAGGCAACAUUUUCAAAGUCCUAGUUAUGCACAUGCUUAUCAUCAAGGGAGCAUGAAACCAAGGAGUGCAAAAGGAUGAUUCUAUCACUAUUAAUGAGCUCUUGAAGUAAUUGUUGCAGGGGAAGAAAGCUAUGGAAUUAAAACAGCAAUAAAUUAUACAAGAAACGAAGAGAAUGAAGAUCAAAGUUGACAGCCAGCACCAAGAACUCUCAAGGCUAGAGGAAAAAAAAGGUAAAAGGGACAAUUCAAAUUAUAAUGGUUGAGACACAGGUAAAUUUUCCACUCAACCAAUAGUUAAUCCUAAACAUAUGACUAAUUCUUCUUAGCAUCAAAUUCAUCAUGUAGAAUCCAAGGAUAAAGAUUUUGAAACAUUACAUGCUAUUUCAAAAUUAAGGAAUGGAAAAAUUUUACCUGAUCCAUAUAGAGAGAAAAGAGAAGAAAACAAUUUGGAGUAUGAAGAAAAAGAAGAUAAAGAAGAUCAAGGAACUGUAGAUAUAUGUAAGAAGGAGGGUAGAGAGGUAAAUCUCAAAAAUUAUAAAUCUCCAAUUCCUUUUCUUGAAGCCUUACAAAAAUUGAAAAAUAAACCUAAUACCCUUGAUGAUCAUCUCAUGGAUCUUUUCAAAAACAAGUAAAUACUAAUAUUCCUUUUAUUGAUAUUAUUAAGCACAUUUCUUCAUAUGCUAAAUUUUUAAAAGGAUUAUGUAGAGAGUAUAUGAGACAAUAAGUUCUAUAUUAUUUAAUCAUAUUCUUGAAAAGCAUAGAUAUCUCAGAGCACCACUUAUCACUUGUGAGAUUAGAGGUAUGCUUUUUACUAGAUCUUUACUUGAUUUAGGUGCUAGUGUGAAUAUACAACUAAAAAGCUCUUUCUGAUAAAUUUAAAUUCGGUGAUUUACAAUCAAUUAUAGUAGAGUUUCAAUUAGCUGAUGGGUUGAUUAGACAAUCAUAUAGAAUUCUUGAAGAUGUGAUAGUAAAAAUGGAAAGUUGUUAUUUUCAUGUAGAUUUUAUUGUUGCUGAUAUGAAAAUGAAUGAUAAUAUUACUCAUACUCCCAUCAUUUUGGGUAGGCCAUUCUUAACAAUAGCCAAAACUAUAAUGGAUUGGGGGAAGGGAAUGGUAGAAUUAAAAUUUGGGCAUAAAAAAGUUGAAAUAAAAAUUUCUAAGUUGAUAAAAUAUUUUGAGAAUUUCAUUGAAGAUUGUAAUCAUAUUGAUUUAUCUGAUGAAUUUGUUGAUGAUAAUAUUCUUUGUAUGACUUCUAUUCUUGAUCCUCCACAAUUUUUAAUUGAAAAAAAUAUUUUACCUAGUGAUGAAGAAAAACAUUAA